GAAAAGAGGACGCUUAAGUGACGCUUCAGUAUCGAACAGUAGUUUCUCCAGCGGAAAAUAAGACAAAAUGAAUCCUAAUAAUCAACCUCCUGGGCAAAAACGCUCUUUCUUGUUAGAGCUGAUGAAGCAGAGAGCACAAAUGCAACGAUCUCAAGCGUUGUCCCAUUCUUUAGAAACACCUAGUGUUUCAUCAGCUGAACAGACAUCAAGAUCAUCUGAAGGAUAUUCAUCUCAUGCUUCAAGUUCUAGUGGAGGUCGCGGACGUGCGCAAAUACCUGGUUGGUUAAGAUCAUUGAAUAGCAACAGUAGUGAAGAAUCCAGGGACUCUUCAUUAGCAAUAGGUCAUGGUCGAGGCGCUAUCCCAAGUUUAUUAAGAAAGCUUGGCAAACCAAGUACAUCAUUUACACCAGAAAGUGUUAGUAAGGACGAUUCUGAAGGAGUUUUAGGAAAAUUAGCUGACAUUUCUGUAUAUGAUAAUCCACCUUCGCCAGAAGACUUACAACCUCCGAAUAUUGCACCGAUAUGUCGACAAGGCAAAAGUGGAAUGAAAAUAGAAGCAUAUUGUAACUAUGUGGAUUUGAUAUUAGAGCCUGGAAAAGGUUUAUUUCAAUAUGAAAUUAAAUUUUCGCCAAAUAUUGAUUCAAUAGGCUUACGCCGUAAGCUACUUAAUCAACAUUCUGCUGCAUUAGGACGAACAAAAAUAUUUGAUGGAACGUUACUUUAUUUACCAAUAAAAUUGCCUCAAGAUGUUUCUCACUAUAAAUCAGAACAUCCAAUGGAUGGUUCAAGAAUAACUCUCACAAUCAUUUUCAAAAAGAAAGAAACAAUGUGUAAUGUUCAAUUUUUCAAUGUUUUGAUCAAUCGUAUUAUGCGAGCGCUUAGCUUAGUUCGUAUUGGUCGACAAAAUUUUAAUCCAAAAGGCGCGCACGCUCUGCCUCAACAUCGAUUAGAAGUGUGGCCUGGUUACGUGACUGCUGUAAAUGAAUAUGAGGGUGGUUUAAAAUUAUGUUUAGAUGCGAAACAUCGAGUGAUGCGAACAGAAACUGUGCGAGAUUUAAUAAGAGAGAUUUUCCAAAAAUCACAUUAUAAUUACCAAGAUGCUGUUAUAAACGAAAUAGUUGGUACAAGUGUACUAACGAGGUAUAAUAAUAAGACAUAUCGUGUAGACGACGUCGCUUUUAAUAAAAGACCAACAGAUACGUUCUCUAAAAACGGCGAACAAAUAUCGUACAUCGAUUAUUAUAAGACAAAUUGGAAUAUCCAGAUUGAAGAUGUACAACAACCUCUUUUAGUGCAUCGUGAUACAGCUAGAUUACCAAAUGGCGAGAAACAGGAAAGAACAAUUUAUCUGAUACCGGAAUUGAGCUAUGCAGCGGGUCUUACUGAUAAUAUUCGCAAUAAUCAUUAUAUUAUGAAAGACUUAAGCGGAGUUACGAAAAUGUCGCCUAAUCAACGUCGAGAUGUGAUCAGGCGAUUUUUAGAAGAAGUCCAGAAGACUGAUGUAACUCGAGAAAUAUUAUCAGAAUGGGGUUUGCAUUUAAGCUCUGAUUUAGUUAGAUUUACUGCAAGACAUCUCCAGCCUGAAACAAUAUAUUUUGGAAAUAAUAGAAUAUUUAAGACGGAUGAGAAAGCAGAUUGGAGCAGUGCUGCAGUAAAAAAUCCCGUGUUACGUACUCCUAAUUUGUCCAAGUGGAAUAUUAUAUACUUUAUAAAGGACAGAACUUGUGUAAGAGACUUCUUAGAACAGUUGGCAAAAGUUGCAACUGCGAUUAAUAUGCGAAUUAAUGACCCAAAACAGGUUACUUUAAGAGAUGACAGAACUGAAACUUAUCUGCGAGAAAUUCAAAAUAAUCUCACCGAUAAUCUCGAAUUAUUGGUUAUCAUAUUUCCAACCAACCGCACUGAUCGCUAUUCAGCAAUAAAAAAAUUAUGUUGCGUACAGAAAGCUAUACCAUCACAAGUCAUCCUUUCGAAAACAAUUUCUAAGAGUAAUAAAUUAAAAAGUAUCACAGAAAAAAUAGCACUUCAAAUCAAUUGCAAACUAGGAGGAGCACUGUGGACUCUCGCUGUGCCAUUAAAAAACUGUAUGAUAUGCGGAAUAGACGUUUAUCAUGCUGGUGUUGGCGGAGGUUCACGAAAAAGUGUUGCGGGAUUUAUUGCUAGUUUGGAUACUCAAUUGACUAAAUGGCAUAGUAGAAUUUGUAUGCAGGCCUCUAAGCAAGAACUAGUUGAUAUGCUACAAGUGUGCCUUACUUCAGCUAUUAAUGCAUUUCACAAGUAUAACGGAUGUAAUCCAGAACGUAUAAUCAUAUAUCGUGACGGAGUCGGUGAUGGAGAUUUAGAUUACGUAGAAAAUUACGAGGUAAAACAAUUGUUGGCGACAUUUAAUCGCGUAGCGCCGAAUUACAAACCGCAACUUAGUGUAAUUGUAGUUCAAAAACGCAUUAACACGCGGAUAUUCAUCAAAAGAAGGAAUGGUUUAAACAAUCCUGAACCUGGAACUAUUGUUGAUUCGUGUAUAACGAGGCGAAACUAUUACGACUUUUUCCUCGUGCCGCAAAAUGUGCAACAGGGUACAGUAACACCCACACAUUACAUCGUCAUUCAUGAUUCAUCAAAUAUCGAAACAGAUCACAUGCAACGAUUGACAUAUAAACUUUGUCAUUUAUACUAUAAUUGGCCCGGUACAAUACGUGUACCAGCUCCUUGUCAAUACGCACACAAACUUGUGUACCUGGUGGGACAAAAUCUUCUAACUGAGCCACAUCGAUCCCUUUCAGAUAUUUUAUUCUAUUUGUAACUUUAUCAUUAUCCAAUGUUACUUUUGUCUCACUCAUCUUCUUUUUUUUUUGUUCUCUUUAAAUGACGUAUAAAGUACUAUAAAAUAACGGUUCACCGUUUAAGAGAGUGUUUUGAAAGAACUGAUUGAUUGGAUGAUUUAAUUGUGAUCCUGCAGAA